CUAUGGACGCUUCCGUUCAGAGAGACGCGAUGGCCGAUGCUGCUGCUUCAAGUCAUGCACGCGAGCCGGGAUUAAACGGCUCGUGGGUGGAGCUCGAGAUGAACAGGAACUCCCCCGAGACGUCACAAGCGGACACGUCAGUCACGUCCAGUUUGGUCCAGGUUGUUGAAGAGGAUGAGGGGAUUGUCGGGGGACUAGAACACGUGCCGUCGUCUUCCUCCAUCCAUAAUGGAGACAUGGAGAAGAUCCUACUGGACGCGCAGCACGAAUCCAGCCGCAGCAACUCCUCCUGCGACAGUCCACCACGUCCUCACAGUCCUCAGGAUGAAGGUCAGAUCAGCUUUGAUGUGGACAGAGGAGAGAACCAGGAGGCGCUGGAGAAGUUGAGGGACGAUGAAAUUCUGAUGAAAGACUCCGACUGGGUGGCUGAUUGGUCCAGCAGACCCGAAAACGUUCCUCCCAAGGAAUUCCAUUUCCGACACCCUCGGAGAAGCGUCACACUGAGCAUGCGUAAAACUGGAGCCAUGAAGAAAGGAGGGAUCUUCUCCGCCGAGUUCCUCCGAGUGUUUCUCCCCUCACUGCUGCUUUCACACUUAUUGGUCCUGGGGCUCGGGGUGUAUAUCGGGAAGAGAUUGACCACGCCCCCUGCCAGCUCCUUCUAAGCGUCGAAGUGGAAAAGCGUCUCAGCCGCGGCUCGUGUUUGAGAGAUUUGAGAGAAAAUCGCAGUUUGUACUAGACGCAUUGCCCCCUGCUCAUCACGUCAUUCUCUUUCUCUCUGUCUCUCUCUCUCUCUUUUUUUUUUUUCAAAUUGUUCCAGUUUGUGCUUUGCUCGUGUUCUGCUUGGCCUGGAAAUGUUUCCCCUCGAUUCUGAUUGGUCCUGAGUGAUUACAGUUGUGUUGCAGGGGUGGAUACAGAAGGGGCGGAGCUUAAACCAAACCCGUGAGAAUGACCUGAUCCCAGAACUCUUUCACUCACAAAACGGGGAUGAGUUAAAGCAAAUACAUCAGCAUGUGUUUAUCGUAGAUUUUCUUUUACACGUCGCUCGUGUUUGAGGUGUUUCACGUUUUUAUUUUGGCAUUUCAGUUAUUUUUGUAGCACAGUGAUUUGAAAUAAUGCGUAUUUCUGCACCCCCCCCCCCCCCCUUUUUUUUUUAAAUUCCAGUAUGCGCAUUCAAACAUGCUAAUGGUAAUUAACAAUCUCCUUAAUUAUCAUUAUUAAAAAGCACCAAAUCUUACAAAACUUUCCUCCAAAUUGAUUUUAUAAAAUCUUAAGGAUGUAUUUCUGAGACUCUGAUCAGGACUGAAGGAAAAAUGAUACUGAGCAAAACUAAUGAGAUGAAAAAAUAAACUAGACCCCAUAGCAGUAGGGGGCGCCCAAGUGCCACUUUAAAUGCAGUCCAAAUAAAAAAUAUAAAUUAAUUUGGUGACUGACCCCUUGAAAAUGGUUCCUCCAGGAACCAUUAAACGUUUUUAAACGUUUCAGUUGUCAAGACAAUGGAAAAACUAAAAUACAAGAGCAUUUUGUUUUGUGCACAAGAGCAUUGUGAUGUAUCUUUCUGUUUUUGUAUUUUAGUUUUUCCGUUGUCUUGACAACUGAAACGUCAUCGUUCCUGGAGGAACCAUUUUCAAGGGGUCAGUCACCAAAGGGUUAAUGUGAAAAAUAAAAUAAAAAUGAAUCUUGUAAGACCCAGAUGUUGGUGCAGGUGAGACCUGUUCCAUGUGACGUGUGUAAAUGUUAUUGUCUGAUGUAUUUAAAUUUCAUUUUGGUGGGUUUUUUUUUUUUGAUCGCGUUCCUUUAUUUUUUCAUUUGUCACUUCAUUAUGGGCCAUUUCUUCUCUAAAAAUAACUCCACGACAAGUGAAAACACACUCUGUCGAAACUAUCAGCUAGUUUGGUUCAUCACGUCUUCAGAGUUAAAGAUUAUAUUCCGAGAUUACGUUCUUUGAACUCUGCGUAACUUGGCUUACAAAUUUAACAGACAGGAACAUCAUCGCUCCAAUUUCUGCAGAACAGAUCAACAGAGAAGUGUUGAGAUCGCGGGUUCUUGAACUUUUUUUUUUUUUUUUAAACAUAUAUAUUUUU